AUGGAUACCUGGAUGCUUGUGGCUGUUGUGGCUGUGGGAGUGGUUUCAACACCAGCCUGUAUCUUCUUCAUCCUCUUCAACUUUUCCCCCCACAGUCUGAUCAGGCUCAGCUUCCGCAUUCGUCAAUAUCUUGCUGGCAUGAAGAUCAAGUACGUGGGAGAUGAAAACAUUGUCUUCUGCUAUGGAGAAAAUGAUGUAGCUCCCAGACCAGACCAGCCCAGCAUAGUGUUUGUUCAUGGAUUCUCCUCAUCUAAGGAUCAGUGGAUUACCUGUUUCAAGGGCUUCCCCAAAGAUCUGCAUCUGAUAGCUGUGGAUCUGCCGGGUCAUGGGGCUUCCAGUGUUCCACCAGAGAAGGUUCAGCUGGACCUGGAGUAUGUGGUAGAGACAUUACGUCUGUUUAUAGACCUGGUUGGGCUGAAGGACAGGAAGGUCCAUCUGAUUGGCUCAUCUCUUGGAGGUGCAAUUGUGGGCUUGUUUGCUGCAGCUUAUCCAGACAGGGUGGAGAAGCUGACAAUGGUUUGUCCAGCCAUGCAAACACCCAUCAACAGCGAGUUUGCCAUUCAGGUGAAAGAAGCCAUCGCCAUGGGGAUAGAGAACAUUACCACAUCCCACUGCAAGCUGCUGCCCACUGAUGUCCCUGGGGUCAAGGCCAUGCUUGAGGUGUGUUGCUACAGCAAGGAUCUCAUCAACAGCAGCAGCGACCAGAUGUGGAAAGGAUUUUUGAACUUGCGGCUUCCCAAAACUGAAUUUUAUUUAAGAUUGUUUAAAGGCAUCACAUCAACAGAGAACCUGGACGUGCUGGAGAGAACGGCUCCCAAGAUCACAGUGCCCACACAGCUGGUGUGGGGAACUCAGGACCAGGUGAUCCAUGUCAGUGGUGCCGAGGUGCUGAGAUCAAAAUUGCCCAACUGCCAGAGAGUGGACCUCAUCGAGAACUGUGGCCAUGCCAUUGAUAUAGACCGACCCGGAGCAUUCACCAAGUUUCUGCUGACAUUCAUACGCUCAGAUGUGCUCAUGGCCAAAGAGGACAAGAAACUCCAAUAG